GUUUUGGGGGGAGGUUGUGCUACUAUGCAUGCUGAUUGGCUGCAACUCGAAUACUUAAUGGCCCUGAGCCGCUGUUAUUGUCAGUGUUGUAGGCAAGACCACCUAAACCGAGACCAAGCCAAGACCAAGACCAGACAAAACAUGAGCAGGAACUACGUGUCCAAAAAUGAUGAGCUCCGCAGGGGAGACUACCUGAUUUCCAACAAUGGACAGUGGAAGGCUGUUUUUGAGGAUGAUGGCAACUUUGUUAUCUAUGGCUGGAAGCCUAUGUGGACUUCAGAGACCGAUGGAUCAGACGCUAUCCGCCUGUGCAUGCAGGCAGACUGCAACCUGGUCAUGUACAGCCAGUGUGACUCACCUAGAUGGCACACAAACUCUGCCAAGCCCAAGUGUAAUAUGUGCCGUCUUCAGCUGACUGAUGAUGGCAAACUUGUGCUGUACAGGGAAUGUGAUGAGAUUUGGAGCUCUGCUUCCUCCAAAGGCAUGAAAUAAUGAAUUUGAAAUUAAUGGUUUGUCUAGGUCAUCUUCGAAUAUCAGCUUGACUUACCAGUAAACCUGAUUGGAAUCAAAUAAUAAAUAAAAAUGCAUGCAUUGAUUUUUCUUCUUGUUGUAGUGAGCUAUGAUUAGACUGAAAAUAUGUCUCUGCAUCUCAGCUCCUUGUACAACUCUUCACUUAAAACUGUGCUUACUACUUGAUUGGUAUUGGACUGAAUUAACCAGCUGAGAAUAAAGUUUAAUAC